CCAUUCGUCGCGUCGCCUCGCACCCCCGCGUACGGUACCCUUUCGCCGUCGAACCGCGCGCUUCUUACAAAAACACCCCGUCGAGAACCAGCAACCAUGGGUCCGUGCCUCUCCCUGCUCCCCGUCGGCAAGCCCGCGCCGGAGGGUCCGUACGAGAUGCAAUCCGAAGAAUCGCGCAAGUGGCUCGACAGCAAGGCGCCGCUCGGCGAGACCGGCGGCUGCAGCGGCGAUCCGGAGCCGUACUCGAAGCAGAGGCCCAAACAUUUCACAGGCCAGUCGAACACGAAGAUCAUUAGCAAGUUCGCCCUCGGCGCGUCCGUGCCCUCGCUGAUCAAGUACAACGUGGGCGAGUUGUCGGUCAAGACGAUGCAGAAUUUGGACGGCGCCGACGUGGACGUCGUAGACGGCGUCCUGCACGUCUUCGCCGGUUUCGCCACGGGCGUGGAAGCGCCGUGCGGCGUGUGGUCGUCCGCGAAGGACGCGUUCGUGAUCAUGCCGAGAGUCAUGAUGGUCGACCUGUACCUCUCUGUCGACGGGAAGCCGUACACGGACGGCCACGUCUGCCUCGGAGAGCCGUCGUUUAACAAGGACAAGGCGAUCAAAGAGAUCGACAACACCAACGUGAUCAUGGUGUACAAACACGUCGAGAAGCCGCUGGAGAACGCGCUCAGGAAGGGCCCGUCGGACGGCUCCAAGCCGUGGGCGACGGUCGUCUCCGACAAGUUCGCGGACUGCGCCUUCGUGCACCUCCCGCUCAUGUACCAAGGCGACCUCGAUAAGAUGAACACGGCGGAGUCCGAGGCGUACGGGCACUCGCUCGUCGCGAAGUUCUCGCAGGCGCUCAAAACCGCGGGUGAGGGGACGCACAGCUUCACGCUGAGCGUGCGCCCGAGAGGGAUCGUCGACGUCUCGCAGUUGGACGAGGGCGAACAGGUUUUCCAGACGGUCGGCUUAAUUAACAAGUCGCCGGAGGACGUCGCGGCGCGAGACAAGGGGUUCGAGCCGCACCUCUCCCAGUUCCCGCCGCAGGUGCUCACGGAUGCGAACGCGAGCGGUCUCACCGUGACGUUCACGAUGGGCGUCGGGAGCGACGCCGCGAGCGGCGCCGCGCCGAGCCGGAAAGCCGCUGAGUUCUCGACGCAGUGGCCGUCGGACGAGCUCGAGGAGUGCGUCGAGCUCGCGCGGUCGCUCGCGGGGAAAGGGCCGUGCGGGCGGAAAGCGUCUCAGAUGGGCGUCGGCAAGCUCGCGCACAUCGUCCUCGUCGGGCGCGGCAUCGAACAAAAAGUCGCGGGCUCGAAAGAGUGGGACGAGUUCCAGUGCUACGCGCUGUUUAAGGCGAAGAACGGCAGCCCGGACGCGCUCGGGGCGCAGAUUUUCUUCCGCCCGCGCAAGCUCAAGGUGAAGGAGAACGGCAUCCCCGUGCCAGACCCGGAGUGGGAGAGCUCGGCGUUCGGGAUGCACAGCGAUACGAUCGAGAUCGCGCAGCCGAUCGCGAACAAGGAGAUCGACGCCGCGAUUCAGCGCGACGCGAAGUACUACGACUGGGAUUGAGGCGUCGGGUUGUACUUCGAGCGAUGAGCCUUCGACGACGACGCGAGAGAGAAGGGAUGAGCCGGUGCGAACAAAAUAUUUCGCGUCGCGCUCCGGAUGGAACUGACUGUACGACAUACGAGAAGAGGAAGAAGAAGAAGAAGAAGAAGAAGACCUGCGAGUACACGUGUAGUAGCCCGCCCCAGUUUUAUCAUAUUAUGUACGAAGGUACAUACGAGGUGGAGCCUGACCGGUCAAGCUCGGGCCUGCCCGGUCAAGCUCGGGUUCAAGCCGAUGAACCGUGUACAUAUUUUUUUUGAGUGAGACUGAUUUGCAUACACGAGAUUUUGUACAUAAAAGCUACGAAUCCGAGAUUACAGCGCG